AUGUUUGCACAGAGGAUUCUGCGGGCCGGAUCCCGAUCGUGGAUGCCGGCGGCGCGGAGAAGCUUCGCCGCGGCGGCCACACCAGCUCUCACCACCCAGCAGAAGCAAAUCGUCAAGGCGACCAUCCCGGCGCUGGAACAGCACGGCAUCGCCAUCACAACGUUAUUCUACAAGCGACUCCUCCAAGACCACCCCGAACUGAGAAAUAUCUUCAACACAGCACAUCAAGCGACAGGCGAGCAGCCCGCCGCUCUUGCACACGCCGUCUGGGCAUAUGCGUCCAACAUCGAUAACCCCGGGGCGCUGAAGGAGGCCGUCUCGCGCAUCGGGCACAAGCACGCGAGCUUGGGCGUCACGGCGGAGCAAUAUCCUAUCGUCGGCCAGGGCCUCUUGGCCGCGAUCAAGGACGUGCUGGGGAGCGCCGCGACUCCGGAAAUUCUCGAGGCCUGGGCAGCGGCGUACCAGCAGCUCGCCGACAUUUUCAUCCAAUUCGAGAGCGACCUGUACCGCCAGGCCAAGGCGACGCCGGGCGGGUGGAAGGGAUGGCGCAAGUUCUUCGUGUCGGCCAAAGUCCCCGAGAGCGACGAGAUCAUCUCCUUCCACCUGACGCCCGAAGAUAGAGACGCGCUGCCGGCCUACCAGCCCGGUCAGUUUGUCAGUGUCCGGUGCUUCGUUCCCGAGCUGGGCUCGUACCAGCCCCGACAGUACAGCCUGUCGGAUGUUCCCAACGGAAAGUACUUUCAGAUCUCCGUCAAGCGGGAGUUCGCCCAGGAUGACCGACCAGCGGGCCGCGUGUCCAACGUCCUGCACGAGUCUCUGCCGGUGGGCGCAGAUCUGGACGUCAGCUUCCCGUUUGGCGAUUUUGUGCUCGACGUCAACGCGACCACGCCGGCAGUGCUCAUGAGCGGCGGCGUGGGGCUGACGCCCAUGAUGGCCAUGCUCAAGACGCUGGUCGAGCAGGCCAAGGAGCGCAAGGUCGUCUUCGUGCACGCCGCCCGCAACUCGCGCGUGCACGCCAUGAAGCCGACGCUGUCCAAGAUUGUGGCGGAGAACCCGCAGGUCAGCCGCGCCGUCUUCUACGAGCAGGUGACGGACGGCGACAAGAAGGGCGAGGACUACGACUUUGUCGGCAGGGUGGACCUGGGCAGCAUCAAGGACGUGGCCGUCGUGCCCGACGCGGAUUACUACAUUUGCGGCCCGUUGCCGUUCAUGAAGGCCCAGAGCGAAGCGUUGCAGGGCAUGGGCGUGGAUCCCGGGCGCAUCCACAUGGAGCUCAGGGUAGUGCCUCCAGAUGCCGCUCGAGUAUGGCACGCGGCGAUCGCUCUCGAGAUACUUUUUGAUGUUCGGUCGCUCCUUGACCGCGUCGUAAAGCUUGAACACGCCGUCGUAUUUGCCCGACUCUUGCAGCUUGCCCACGGAUUUGGGAAAUGCAUACUUGGUUCCAUCCAGGCACUUAUUCUUGAGGUCAGCAUUCCAAUUGACCAGAACAUUGCGCAGUGA